UGUGUGGGGGUGGGGGGUUGUAGGGUGGUGUGGUUCUUCUGUUUUUAGCUUUCUCUGCCGACAGAAACGAGUCCAUAAAGAGCAGAAAAGGGAUAUAAAAUAAACUUUGUGUCUUGUUUAACUUCUCUCUUUCGCUCUCAGCUCCUUUAGGUUGGUUCAACCUUAAAUAUACUUGGCUAUGGACUUCUAUCGGAAUGUGUCAGUCUCCGGUGACUUGCAGUCGGAACUCCCGCCGGAACAGGUUAUGUCUCCGGCUUGCUCUAAGCUUGGGGGUUUUUCUGGCUCUUUGGACGACUUUUUCCCGGCUGAAAACACGGAAGGUGAUGUUGGCUUAGAAUGGCUCUCAAUCUUUGUUGAGGACAGCUUAUCCAGUAGUGGGAACUGUAUCCCAGCACCUAAAAAUACCCAAAACAACCAAAUUCCACAAGUCUCAAAGCCCUUACAGAGAAACCACUAUAACCCAUUUCUUCAAGAGUUUGUAAUCCCACCAGGCAAGGCCAGAAGCAAAAGGAAAAGAGCCAUUGCAGCCCCUUUAAGCAAUUGGUCUCAUAUGGGAGUAGCAGACCCACAAAACCAAACCCUUCAUCUGAGCUCCUCAGAUCCUCCUCUACUCCAACAAGCAUAUUGGUUAGCGGACAGUGAACUCAUUCUGCCCAAGAAGGAGAAAAAUAGUGGCAACAGCAACAGCAACACCUGUAGCAGCAGCAGCAGCAGAAGAAGAAGAAGAAGAGAUGAAGAGGAAAGCAGACGGGAGAAUGUGGUUGUGCAGCCUGCAAGGAGGUGCACCCACUGUCUGGCACAAAGGACACCACAGUGGAGGGCAGGUCCUUUAGGACCCAAAUCACUGUGCAAUGCAUGUGGGGUGAGGUUCAAGUCGGGCAGGUUGCUGCCCGAGUAUCGGCCCGCCAAGAGCCCUACCUUUGUUAGCUAUAAGCACUCCAACUCUCACAAGAAAGUGAUGGAGAUGAGGAUGUCUUUGCUCUCCUCUGUUCAUACUGAGUAGUAACUAGUAAUAGUAGCACUACUACUAAUAGAAUCUUUAAUUUCUUCUUUCUCCAUCUCCAUCUGUAAUUAUCAUAUUAUUAUCA